GCUGGAGGGCGGGCGGCGCGGGAGAAAGCGGCGGCGGCGGCCCCAUGGCCCGCGCGCGUUGAAGGACGCGGCUCUCGCCUCAGCCCGGCGGCGGCCGAACAAUGAAGCUCCUGAAGCCGACCUGGGUCAACCACAAUGGCAAGCCAAUAUUUUCAGUUGAUAUUCACCCUGACGGGACCAAGUUCGCAACUGGAGGACAAGGACAGGAUUCUGGGAAGGUUGUGAUCUGGAAUAUGUCUCCAGUCCUCCAGGAGGAUGACGAGAAGGAUGAAAAUAUUCCCAAGAUGCUUUGCCAGAUGGACAAUCACUUAGGUAUUACAGAGUGGCCCUUUGCAGGCUUUUCGUGUUGGCAGAGUGCCCAAGCAUGUGUGAACUGUGUGCGGUGGUCAAACAGUGGGAUGUAUUUAGCUUCUGGGGGAGAUGACAAACUGAUUAUGGUGUGGAAGCGGGCUACGUACAUCGGCCCCAGCACUGUCUUCGGCUCCAGUGGUAAGCUUGCCAACGUGGAGCAGUGGCGAUGUGUCUCCAUCCUCCGGAGUCACUCAGGCGAUGUGAUGGACGUAGCAUGGUCUCCUCAUGACGCCUGGCUGGCUUCGUGCAGCGUGGAUAACACUGUCGUCAUCUGGAAUGCAGUGAAGUUCCCAGAAAUUCUAGCUACUCUGAGAGGUCAUUCUGGCUUGGUAAAGGGGUUGACUUGGGACCCUGUUGGUAAAUAUAUUGCCUCUCAAGCUGAUGACCGCAGCCUAAAGGUGUGGAGGACGCUGGACUGGCAGUUGGAGACCAGCAUCACCAAGCCUUUUGAUGAGUGUGGAGGGACAACCCAUGUGUUGCGGCUCAGCUGGUCACCUGAUGGACAUUACCUGGUGUCUGCCCAUGCCAUGAACAACUCCGGCCCCACCGCCCAAAUCAUCGAGCGGGAGGGCUGGAAGACCAACAUGGACUUUGUCGGACACCGGAAAGCUGUGACUGUCGUGAAAUUCAACCCAAAAAUCUUCAAAAAGAAGCAGAAGAAUGGGAGUUCUGCGAAGCCCAGCUGCCCGUACUGCUGCUGUGCUGUUGGCAGCAAGGACCGUUCUCUCUCUGUCUGGCUCACGUGUCUUAAACGACCUUUGGUUGUCAUCCAUGAGCUGUUUGACAAAUCCAUCAUGGAUAUUUCCUGGACUCUGAACGGGCUGGGCAUCCUGGUGUGUUCCAUGGAUGGCUCUGUGGCAUUCCUAGAUUUCUCCCAGGAUGAGCUUGGAGACCCCCUGAGCGAGGAGGAAAAGAGCCACAUUCACCAAUCCACCUAUGGGAAAAGCUUGGCUAUCAUGACCGAGGCCCAGCUGUCUACAGCUGUCAUCGAGAACCCUGAGAUGCUCAAGUACCAGCGGAGGCAGCAACAGCAGCAGCUGGACCAGAAGAGUGCCGUGGCCAGAGAGACGGGCUCAGCUGCCUCAGUCGCUGGUGUCGUCAAUGGGGAGAGUCUGGAAGACAUCAGGAAGAAUCUUUUGAAGAAACAAGUUGAGACUCGGACAGCAGACGGUCGGAGAAGAAUCACACCUCUCUGCAUAGCACAGCUGGACACCGGGGACUUCUCCACGGCGUUCUUUAACAGCAUCCCACUCUCAGGCUCCCUGGCAGGCAGCAUGCUAUCCUCUCACAGUAGUCCACAGCUGCUGCCACUGGACGCCAGUACCCCCAACUCCUUCGGCACCUCAAAGCCUUCCACGGAACCUGCGGCAGUAGCCGGCACCAGGCCUGCGGGCAAUUCUGUCAAUAAGGACAGCGUGAACGCUACCUCGGCUCCUGCUGCAUCAUCCCCCUCUGUGUUAACAACCCCAUCCAAGAUUGAACCCAUGAAAGCGUUUGACUCCCGGUUCACGGAGCGGUCCAAAGCCACGCCUGGUGCUCCUGUCCUGACAAGUGUGACACCGACGGCCGUAGAAAGGUUGAAAGAGCAGAACCUUGUGAAAGAGUUGAGGCCCCGGGACCUCCUGGAGAGCAGCAGUGACAGCGAUGAGAAGGUUCCUGUGGCCAAGUCCUCCUCCCUCUCCAAGCGAAAACUGGAGCUUGAGGUGGAAACAGUGGAGAAAAAGAAGAAAGGGCGACCUCGGAAGGACUCACGGCUCAUGCCCAUGUCUCUGUCUGUCCAGUCCCCAGCUGCUCUGACCGCAGAAAAGGACACUGUGUGUUUGUCUGUACCAGCGCCUACACUGAAGCUGCCCAUGCCGGGCCCCCAGAAAGCAUUCACCCUCCAGGUGAGCUCCGACCCCUCCAUGUACAUUGAGGUGGAGAAUGAAGUGACAGCCGUUGGGGGAGUGAAGCUGAGCCGCUUGAAGUGUAACCGGGAAGGGAAGGAGUGGGAGACGGUACUCACUAGCCGGAUCCUCACUGCUGCCGGUAGCUGUGAUGUGGUAUGUGUCGCCUGUGAAAAGAGGAUGCUGUCAGUGUUCUCCACCUGUGGUCGCCGCCUCCUCCCUCCCAUCCUCCUGUCAUCCCCAAUCUCCACGUUGCAUUGCACAGGCUCCUACGUCAUGGCGCUCACUGCUGCGGCCACGUUAUCUGUCUGGGAUGUUCACAGACAGGUGGUUGUGGUAAAAGAAGAAUCUCUACACUCUAUCCUGGCAGGAAGUGAUAUGACGGUGUCACAGAUCUUGCUUACACAGCAUGGAAUCCCAGUUAUGAACCUGUCCGAUGGAAAGGCCUACUGCUUUAAUCCGUCACUUUCUACAUGGAACCUGGUUUCUGACAAGCAAGACUCCCUGGCCCAGUGUGCGGACUUCAGGAGCAGCCUGCCUCCCCAGGACGCCAUGCUGUGCUCAGGACCCUUAGCCAUAGUCCAGGGCCGUGCCUCCACUUCAGGGAGGCAGGCGGCCCGGCUUUUCUCUGUGCCUCACGUGGUGCAGCAGGAGACGACCCUGGCCUACCUAGAAAACCAGGUGGCAGCAGCACUCACCCUGCAGUCCAGCCAUGAGUAUCGCCAUUGGCUCCUCCUCUACGCACGGUACCUUGUGAACGAAGGGUUUGAAUACCGACUCCGAGAAAUAUGCAAGGACUUACUGGGUCCGGUUCACUACUCCACUGGAAGCCAGUGGGAGUCAACGGUAGUGGGUCUACGGAAGAGGGAGCUGCUGAAGGAACUGCUGCCAGUCAUCGGGCAGAACCUCCGCUUCCAGCGUCUCUUCACCGAAUGUCAGGAACAGCUCGACAUCCUAAGGGAUAAGUAGCCUGCCCACAUCUGCCCCAACUGCAGCCAGGGCAGGGCCACCUCUCACCUUGUCAGGCUAUAGUAGGACAAGGAGACACUGGCAGGAGGUGGUCUGUUGCUGCUCCCGUGGAAGGAGGCAGCUCUGCUGGCAACUCGUCCCUCUCUCCAGGACCCCCAUGCCGAGCAGGGGCUGGGGCUCCGCCCUGCUGCCCUGGGAUCAGCGAGGCACACCCAGACCGACCGUCUUCAGCACGGUCCAGAGGUGGACACUAGCCCCUGCCACUGCAGGUGCCGUGCUGCUUCAGCUAUGACGAAUGAGCCAUUUGUGAAGAGAGAGCCCUGAGAUGUAUUAGUGUAUUAUGCAGUCAGUAGACUGACCGAGACCUAUGUAAAAGGAAAGACUAUUCCAACACAAAGACUAUUUUUGUACUAGAAUUUGCUAACUUGUAAUACGGAAUUUUCCUUUUGGCCAAUAAUCAGGAUUUCCCUAUAAGUCACUUGAACAUUGGUUACUUGUAG